GAUUAACAACCCUUGCUCCUCGAAGAAAAGGGUAGCAAUAAUUCUGCGUGAGUGUGUGGGCGAGAGACAGAGGGUCAAAAAAUGGCGGCUGCUGCUGUCUCCCUCAAUGGCUCCAUCGUCCGUGGCAAUUCGUCGCCGGCGAGGGCGGUCUCCGCCCGCCGGGAUGGUUUGUGCUGGUGGAGAAUCCCGAUGUGGGCGCCGGGGGCGCUGCUUUGCCGGAAGUCCCCCAGCCGCAGAGCGCAGCCACUGGCGGGGUCCAGGGGCGAUGACUCCUCCGCGCCGCAGGAAAUUACGGUGGAGAGCGCGCUCAAGAUUCUCGGCGUGGCGGAAGGUGCCUCCUUUGACGAAAUCGUUAGGGCCAAGAACGCCGUGCUAGCUUCCAGCCGGGGCGACAUGGAGGCCGUUGCGCAGGUGGAGGCUGCAUAUGAGGUGUUGCUUAUGCAGAGCUUGUCAAGACGACGAUCUGGCAAAGUUGCAAACAGUGGCAUUAGAUAUGCUGAUGUAAGAUCUAAAAAGAGCACAGGAAUAAAUGCAUUGCCAGAGUGGUUGCAAGAGAGAAUCAAAAGCAUUCCUGUUUCCAUUGAUUCUCCAUCUGCAAGCGAUUUGGGUACAAAAGGAGGUGUUUAUGGAGCCUUGAUGCUUUUCACUUUUGUUAGCGGUUCCUCCCCCACCUCUGCUGGACCAUAUACUGGAGCUGAUGUUCCUGGGUUAAUAAUAGCUACGAGUAUCGGUGCUUCCUUGUAUUUUUUAUCAAAGAAGAGACUUGGCCUAGGGAAAGCAGCAGUAGUCACUGUUGGUGGACUUGUGGUGGGCGCGGCAAUUGGGUCAGCAGUGGAGCAAUGGUUGCAAGUCGAUAUAGUUCCUUUUUAUGGCAUCCAUUCGCCUGCGAUAAUCGUGAGUGAGUUCAUUCUCAUUUCACAGUUCUUGGUAUCUCUGUAUCUCACUUAGGUGCGGAGAGAGACUGUCUAUGCUUCUACAGUUCACUCAAACCUAACUGCCCUGUAUAUUGUUUAACAUGAUUUAUACAAUUCAGAAUGAGGCAAAUAAGUUCGCAUGCUGUGUUUCAUCA